AUGUUUGUAAGGGCUUUUUCCUUGAUGGGUCGUCAGUCUAUAUUACCAGCUCUGAGAUUUUCCUCUAAUUAUAGUGCCGUGUUUUCAAAUGAUAUAAAUCAGAUAACUCUCUUGGGAUCCGUUGCUUCAACUGGAGUCACGAUUGAUAAUUCCUCUUCCGUUGCCACAUUUAAUCUCCUUACUAGGGCGAGAUAUCGAGCAGCGGAUCGUUAUAUGAUGAAAUUAGUCUACCACAGAAUCCACGUAUUUGAUAGACCUCUUGUUGAAAGAAUUCGCAGCCUCUCCCAAGGUGAUCGAGUCUACGUGCAAGGGUGUCUGAGUUCCUUCAAAAAGAGUACUCACGAUUGGAUGCAGUGCAUCACUGCACAAAACAUAAUCCUUCAUUCCGACGCUGGCAAGCAGCCCCUCGAAGAUGCUGAAGCUCUGGUAGCUGUAUCAGAUGACUUGAUUGAAGGGGAUGAAAUUGAAGUUACUAUGGAAAGCAUUUAA